GAUUUCUGGUUUGAAGAUCAAUCUCACUGCAAUGGGAAAGCAUAUCUUGCUGCUCCCACUGGGCCUGUCUUUGCUCAUGAGCUCCGUGCUAGCUUUGCAGUGCUUCAGAUGUGAAAGCUUCGAUUCUACAGGAAUUUGUUAUUCUGAUGUAUAUUUAUGUCUGGCUUAUCCUGGUGAGGUUUGUGCCUCAGUUGUAAUAACCACUCGAGAUGGAAAAUUUGUAUAUGGAAACCAGAGCUGUGCUGAGUGCAUCGGUGAGACUAUUGAGCAAGGAGAUCUGUUAGUAUCAACAAACUGUUGCUGGGCCAGCUCUUUCUGCAAUGAAGUACAUCGCUGAUACUUUAUUGUACCGAAGGAUUUUAGUGCUGUUUAUUGAGUCUUGACACUGGAGCAUGCCAGAAAGAAUAAUCUACUGACCAUGUCUGGACAACUCACUAUGAUUUCUACAUCGUGUUUUCUGACUACAUGUAUAUCAUAUGUUCUUGGGUGAUCUGUAAUAAAUUGAAAGCCUUACAUAUUUUAAUUUGAACUA